ACAAUACACCCCCAUAAAAUCUUUGAUUCCUUCUCCUCAAUCUCUCAUUCCUUGUGCCGCCAUGGCGCUACCUUGGGCCUUCGUCCUCCUCCCUGCCCUCUUCUUCCUCUCCUCCUCUGUAUCCAACCUCUUCUUCUCCAACAGCAGCAGCAAUGGGAGUGGAGGGAGAUGCUCCCUCUGCCCACAGUCUCCAGAGGUCUCCUUCUGUCCACUGUCUCCAGAGGUCCCCUAUAUUGUCAGCACGAGGUACAGGACUGCCUACCACUUCCAGCCUCCCAGGAAUUGGAUCAAUGAUCCAUGUGGACUAAUGUACUACAAAGGCAUCUACCAUAAUUUCUACCAGUAUAACCCCCACUGCGCCCUCUGGUGUUGGGGUGACAUAGCUUGGGGCCAUUCGGUUUCGACAGACCUUGUCAACUGGAUCCAGCUUGAACCCGUGAUAGAACCGGAUAACCCGAGUGACAUAGAUGGCUGCUGGACCGGUUCAGCCACAAUUUUGUCUGGUGGUCAACCGGUCAUCCUAUACACCGGUGUCAGCAUAGACAACUGUCAGGUCCAAAACCUUUUGCUUCCCAGGAACCUUUCUGACCCGUACCUGAGAGAAUGGACCAAAGCAGGCAAUAACCCAGUGAUCCAACCGGUAGUACCGGGUUUGAACAGAAGCUGCUUCAGGGAUCCGACGACCGGUUGGAUCGGACCAGAUGGACUGUGGAGGAUAGCAGUUGGUGCUCAGCUGUACAGCUACACCGCUGCACUUUUGUACAAGAGUGAAGACUUUCUGAGUUGGACAAGAGUUGAUCACCCACUGUAUUCUCAUAAUUUGUCCAAUAUGUGGGAGUGCCCGGAUUUCUUUGCGGUAUUGCCAGGCUAUAACAGUGGACUGGACAUGUCCGUAGCGGUCCCAAGAGGCGCCAAGUAUGCCCUCAAAAUGAGCGUGGGUUACUUUGACAAGUACUUGAUUGGGGUUUAUGAUCUCAAACGUGAUGCCUUUGUGCCUGAUACUAUCGUAGAUGACUGUCGGCUAUGGCUGAGGAUUGAUUAUGGCAAUUUCUAUGCUUCAAAGUCAUUCUUUGACUUGAAAAAGGGCAGGAGGAUCAUAUGGGGUUGGUCUCAGGAGGCAGAUUGUCGUUCAGAUGAUGUUGCAAAAGGUUGGGCAGGAAUCCAUACAAUCCCCAGGAUGAUUUGGUUAGACGACAAUGGCAAGCAGUUGCUGCAAUGGCCAGUUGAUGAGAUUGAGUCCCUUCGAACAAAUGAAAUCAACCAUCAAGGACUUGAGCUCAACAAGGGAGAUUUGUUUGAGAUCAAUGGAGUUGACACUUUUCAGGCUGAUGUGGAGAUAUAUUUUGAGCCGAUGUCCAUUGAUGCCGCCGAACCUUUUGAUCCUUCCUGGCUUUUGGACCCAGAGAAGCAUUGCUGUGAAGCAUCGGUUCAUGGUGGUAUAGGGCCAUUUGGACUUGUUAUUCUGGCCUCAAACAACAUGGAUGAGCACACUGGCGUGCACUUCAGAGUCUACAAAUCACAGCGAAAGUACAUGAUACUCAUGUGCUCUGAUCUAAGAAGGUCUUCCAUCAGACCAUCACCGUACACACCAGCCUAUGGAGGCUUCUUUGAACUUGAUCUUGCAAAGGAGAGGAAUAUAUCUCUUAGAACUCUGAUUGAUCGGUCGGCGGUGGAGAGCUUCGGUGGUGGUGGUAGGGUUUGCAUCACGUCCAGAGCUUAUCCAGCGGUGCUUGCUGGUGUCGGCAAGGCCCACAUGUAUGCCUUCAACAAUGGAAGUGCCACGGUCAGGGUGCCACAGCUCAGCGCAUGGACCAUGAGGAACGCACAUGUGAAUGUGGAGAAUGGUUGGAGUGCUAUUUAAACAGAGGAUCAAUUUAUUUUCUCGAUUCUUUUAUCAUUCAUGAGCACUGCCUGGCAGAAAUAAGGACAUUCAACAGGAGAAAAUAGCCUAUCAUGGACAUGGAGUAUGUGAGCUCAAGCUCACGUGCACCCUUUGCUACAGUAAAAUCGGAAAAUAUGUAUUUUUUUUAAAAAACUGUUUUUUGCAACAAAAUUGA